AUGGUUUGGCCCGAAGUUGAACAAGCGUUAACACAACAUCGUUAUGAAUUAGUUUUAUCAGGUGAUAAAUUAACAAAAUAUUUAGAAGAAAAAAAUGAAUUAGAUGAAACAAUUUGGAAAUUAAAGCGAUUGAAUUUUCUUGAAAUAAGUUUUUGUCCAUCAGUUGAAGAAAUAUCGAAUGAUAUUGGAAAAUUAGUUCAUCUAUCAACAUUAACAUUAAUAUCAACAAAAUUAAGUAAACUUCCAAGUGAAAUAAAAAAUCUUGAAAAUCUUCGUCAUGUUAAUUUAUCAAAUAAUCAAUUGAAAUCAUUAGAUGAAGAUCUGUUUUUAAAAUUAAGUCAUCUGGAAACAUUGAACUUAAGUCAUAAUUUAUUAGAAAGUUUUCCAAAAUUUUCAACUGAAAAUAAAAAAUUAGCAAUAUUAAAUUUAUCGCAUAACCAAUUGGUUGAUCUUCCUGAUUUUCCAGUUGAAUUAGACAAUCUUUCUCAUGUUGAUUUAUCAUCAAAUCAAUUUCAAGAUUUUCCAACUACAUUGUUACAAUUAAAUUCAUUGAAAACGAUUAUUAUUGAUUCAAAUCAAUUAGUUGAAAUUCCAGCUCAACUAAGUCAAUUACAUAAAUUAAAAGAACUUCGAUUUAAAUCAAAUCCAUUAAAAGAUAAUCGUUUAAAAAAAUUAAUGGAGCAAGAUAAACUUAAACCGGUUCUAGAAUAUUUAGCUAAACAAUGGAAUGAACAACAAAAAUCAACAACAUCGAAACCAGCACAGAAAAAACAACCGCAACAACAACAACAACAAGCGGAGGCAACUGAACAAGUUCAAAAUAAAAUUGAAGUCUUACAUUUUGAUCAAGAAGGUGAUUUAAAAGGAAGACAAAUUACGAUUUUACCAAAAGUUAUUAAUGUUCGUCCACAUUUAUUAUGUUGUAUUGUCAGAAAUGUUGAUUUAGCAACAACAGGAAAUUUAAAGAAAUUUUUAAACUUACAGAAUGAACUUCAUGAUGAUAUUUGUCAAAAACGAACAUUAGCAACAAUAGGUACACAUGAUUUAUCAUUAAUAUCAGGACAUUUAGUUUAUGAUGCACGUGAUCCUGAUGAAAUUGGUCUUGUUCCACUUGGUAAAGGUCCAAAAUUAGUAUCAGCACGAGAUUUUUAUGAUCAAUUAUGUCGUGAUGCUGAACAUGAAAGAAAAUUAAAAAAACGAAAUCAAUUAUCAGGUCUUAAUAAAUAUUUAACUUUAUUACAAGAUCAAACAAAUUUUCCUUGUUUAUCUGAUCAAGAACGAUAUGUUAUAUCACUUCCACCAUUAACAAAUGCUGAACGUAGUAAAUUAAGUUCAACAACUGAUUCAAUAUUUAUUGAAAUAACAUCUGGACAAUCAAUGGAUAUUUGUCGUCGUGUUAUGGAUGCACUUUUACGACAAAUGAUUCAAAAUGAUUUAGGAAAAAAAUCGAAUGAAUCAAAUAUUCGACAAAUUCUAACAUUACAACAAACAAAAGUUGUAGAUGAUAAAGGACAAUUAAAAACAACAUUUCCUUCUCGUACUGAUCUUGAUUGGAUUGAAAUAUCUCAAGGAUCAAUUGCUAUUGAAAGAUUAUAUUCGGAUAAAUAA